AUGGAACCCCCUGAGAUGAAGGGACCCACGCGGAUCCUAGUCAACGACAAGGAAGUUAAUCACGAGGGGGGUCUACGCAAGGUUAAGACGUGGUUCAAAGAGCUAGUCAAAAAUGUGUUUGUACACGAGGACACAGAUGAUACCUUUCCUUUCAACAACAAAGCUCUGCGGAACACCUUUUGGACGUCUCAACUAAUGUGCACCAGGAUAAUCCUCCUGUCCUGCUUCUUCUCGUUCGUUGUGGCGUGGCGGCAGAACGUCGCCUUGAUCGGGGAGGACGGACUGACCCCGGCGAAGGAGCACGUGGAGAAGGUGGUGCAAGACCUGCGCGACGAGGGUAUCUGGGAGAAGUUCCGGAGCUUCCACUCGCUGUUCUGGUUCCUCCCGGCGAGCGAUUUGGUCCUGACGGCGAUGCCGGUAGUAGGCAUGGUCCUCUCCCUGGCGGCGAUCCUGCUGAACCAAAUAAACAUAGUGACAGUGCUGCCGAUUUACCUAAUCCUGCAGUCCAUUUACAGCGUGGGGAAUGUAUGGUACAACUACGUAUUCGAGAUCGAGUUGCUAGAAAACCAUCUCAAAUGUAGCUUCUCUAGCACCCCCUUUGUAAGUGUUGAUAGGGACCAGUCUGAUCAGGUUCAGAAACACAGAUUUGUGGGGACAUCUAGAAGGAAAAUAUUAUCUGUACGAAACACAACCAUUACCAUCAAGCAUAGGUCCUUUCGAUUAAUAGGUGGAGUAUUGAUCCUUCUCUACUGCUUACUGAAUUUUAUCACAGGGAAUUCAUAUCUUUUUUAUGUUUUGCUAGUAGCUCCUUUGAUGUUUUGUUUCGACGAUGAGGUGUUGCUUCCUCUUCUUUUAAAGGCCAAGAGGAAUGAAGUGUUGUCUGUGGUGAGGGAGAAGACUGCACAGCUAGCCAAGAGUAAGGGAUAUUUUCAAAGUUUUGAUGUGUUAUUCUGUACAGGGUUGAGUGUGGACGAUGUGAACAAGAUGAGAGAUGCGUAUUUUAGGAUCGACUCGGAGGGGGGGGCGCAAAAUGGGGGGAGCGGCUUGUAUGGGGGGAGCGGCCUGUAUGGGGGGAGCGGCCUGUAUGGGGGGAGCCGCUUCGAUGGAGGAAACCGCUUCAACGGAGGAAGCCGCUUCGAUGGAGGGAGCCGCUUCGAUGGAGUACCCCCCCAAGCGGAGAAGGAGCACCUCCUCGGUAGGGGAAGCUCCAACCAAGAAACGAAUUUUCACCUAGAGGAAAAUCUCCUGAAGUGCAUAAAAAAGGACUUGCUUAAUGCGCUUCACUGGGCCUUCUCAAAAAAGGGGCCACAAUAUAUACUGAAAAAUUACAACAUCUCGAAGGAGCUGAUCUUUCAUGUGUUCUGUGCCUUCAUCAUGGUCCUAUACAACAGCUGUGUGAUGAAUGCAGAGUAUGGGAAUUUCCAGCAAAUGAAUAUAUAUGGUUCCUUUGGGCAUAUCAACAAAGUGAGACGGGAGAUCAUCGUGCGGGCUGUCAGCCCAUCCAGCGUAUCGUCUACGCCACACUCGGUGGGGGCACUACACUUGGGGGGGGCACUACUCUCGGGGGGAGCACUACUCUCGGUGGGAGAACCACACUCGGUGGGAGCACUACUCUCGGGGGGAGCACCACACUCCGGGUGGGACAACUACGAAUUUAAUUGCAAGCCGGACAAUGUAGAGAAGACCCUGUGUAGCCAGUUUAGACUCCUUUAUGGCUUCCUCCCCGUUUUGUACAUAGACAGACUCGAUUGGCAAUUCAACCUACUUAGUUACAGUGACGACCAGACCAUCCUGCAGACUCCCUGGUUUCAGAAAUUUUUAAACAAACUCGCAUCCAACGAUGAAGAUCUCAUUUCUUUGUUGUAUAGAACCCCUUCUUUUGUACCCUCCCCUGAGGGGAAGAAGAACCCAUCGAAAUCGAGUCCCAUCCAUUUGACUGUCUCUAGUGACGUGUACCGAUUUUCUCCACAGGGGGAGAAGAAUGCCUGGUGGGAGGUAGUCUCCUCGCGGGUCAUCCUUGAACAGAAGGGUCUCCGCUAUGCAAGCAGUAGGUUUAGCAGGAGUGGGACACACACUGGGGUGGACCGUCUAGAUGAACACAACAGCCUCCUUCAUGUAGGAGGCACUCCCGUCACUGAGCAUAGGCACAGGUCCAUAUCGGGAACUAGCCAUUAUGUGACCACGGGGGGAGAUGCUUCAGCGGAGGCCAUCUCGGGGGGCACUUCUGUGGAGGCCAUCUCGGGAGAGAUGAUGAAGCGGGACAGCAUGCGGAAGAAGCGUCGAUUUGCGCAGCAGGGGCGACUGCACGUGGAAGAGCCAGAAGCGGACGAGCUAGAAGCGGCGGAGCAAGAAGCAGCAGAACCAGAAGCGGCAGAGAAAGAGUCACUACGAAGGAAGAUACGCACGCAGGAAAAAAAUAGAUAUGCACAAAAGAAGAAAAAGUUUUUUAGGCAAAAGAAGCUGCAGGAGUUGAGAGCGGAGGGGGAGGAGCGGGAGGCGCGGGAGGGGAGGGAAAAGGAAACAGGAAAGGACACGGAAAAGGAAACGGACAAGGAAACGGACAAGGAAACGGACAAGGAAACGGCACAGAUGAUGGAGAGGACUGCGAACAGGGGAAGGGAAAUCGAAGGCGAAGGCGAGGGGGGGACGUCUCCACUGCUGGUAGACGGCGUGGCUAUCGAGGCGCACGACCCGGUUGGGGGAGCUGGUCGAGAGGAGGUGGAAAUGGAAGACCCCGAAAAAGCGAUCGAUGGGGAAAAUAUUUUUUCGGCGGUGAAGAAGAUGGAGGAGGAGAGGGAAAGGAAAAAUGGGGAGGCAGUUGAAGAGGCAUCUGAAGAGGCAGCUGAGGAGGCAGUUGAAGAGGCAGCGGGGGAGGCAUCUGAAGAGGCAGCUGAGGAGGCAGUUGAAGAGGCAGCGGGGGAGGCAUCUGAAGAGGAAGCACAAAGAGGAGAGUACAAACUCGGGGGAGGGGGGACAGGGAAAGGAAGUCCCACAGAGAUACUGCCAAAUAUGAUACCCCCCAACGGGGGACUCUCCCUCGAUGGAGAAAUAAAAAAGGAGAUGGAUGAGGCCAUCCGAAAUUCCUACAAACAGUACGGACUGCUUAACAAAUAUUCUCGUAAAAUUACAAAGUUGGGGUUAGUCAACAGGGACCAGGGUCGGAGUCGCUACGGCGAGAUAAAGGAGUUGCUGGCCAGCCGCAGCGGGGGACACGCCUACAGCAGGACUUGA